CAGUCUCAGUCGGGAGGGGCCCAGCGAUAGGUCGCUGAGAAUGAGCUCCGUCUAAUACUGAGAAAUUCAGCGAGCAGCAGCAUCACACGUCGUAAGCGGUUGCAGUCUGAAAUGAUGGCAGUUAACCGUAAUAAGAUGGUACGGCGGGCAGCAGCAACAACCCGGCACAUCCCGUUGAUCCUGGUGCUUAUGAUUUCCCUACAGAAUGCCGCUGCACAGGACGGGUCGCCGCCAGCCAGCAUCCUGAUUAACAUCGAGCAGCCACUGACGGCAGGCCUCGGCUACGAGAUCACGUGCCGCGCUGUGGACGGGGAGUCACCGCCAAACAUCUUGUGGUGGCUUGGUGAGCGGAAGCUGCACAACAGUAUAGAGCGCACACUGGUAACUGAAGAUGGGAACGAGACUGUAUCAAUACUGUUGCUGACGCCGUCACCGGAUGACAAUGGGCAAACCCUCAAGUGUCAAGCCAAGGGCGCUCGUGGUGUGCUGGAGAAAUCAGUGGAACUUCUUGUCCACUAUCCCCCGAUUGUCUCUCUGUAUAUGGAUCGUCCUCCACGUCCCGACGGAAUACGCGAAUGGGAUAACAUUACUUUGAAGUGUUAUACACAGUCAAAUCCGCCCACGUGGAGUGUGAAAUGGAUGUUACAGGGCCACCCGCUGAAGGAGGAAACUUCUAGUGGGCCACUCAACCACGAAUAUAGUCUGAGACUGAACGACAUCAACCGCACACAGGCUGGCAAUUACACCUGCAUCGUUUCCAAUGCAAUAGGGGACACUGAGAGCUCUCCGUUGCGGGUGACCAUUAAGUACAGACCAGUUUGCCGGUUGCAGCAUCCUAUGGUCUACGCCGUAGCCCUUGGUGAGGAGGUGGAGUUGGACUGCGCAGCGGACGCUGUCCCACCAGCGACCAGCUACCACUGGAUGUUCAGCAAGUCGAUGAUGGAUGAGGGGCCCUACAUAUGGCAUCUGAGGGGUCCCAGCGGGGAGAUGAUAUCGUAUGUGGAGUGGACGAGUGGCGUGUCGUGGCGACCCCACCAGCCAACCAAGGACACGGAAUACGGCACCUUCUUCUGCACGGCAAAAAACACCAUUGGAGAGCAGGUGGACCCGUGCGUCUUCCAUGUGGUUCCACCAGGAUUGCCUGACGCUCCAUCCAACUGCUCCCUUUUGAACGAGAGGACUGACUCUUUCGCGGUACAGUGCUCUAACGCCACUGACCGUGGAUUCCGCCAGAGCUACCAGCUAGAAGUCUUCGAUGUCAAAACAGGCAACCUAAUGCUCAAUAAGACGCAGAAGUCGCCAGUCUUCCUAGUGGACGACAUCGAGCCUCACCAAGACAUCACGAUGCGCAUCGCAGCUGUCAGCCCCAGGGGUCGCAGUGAAUGGACCAGGAUGAACAUCUUCAGAGUCCCGUGACACAAUAGAUGUGGAAGUGAGAAUAACCUGGAGAGAAAGAAGCAGACAUCUUAGGACAUGGAGUCGUACUCACAUCGGGCACCUGUUGUGUCUUGCACCUUACUAGGCGCCUCGAUCGCGAAUACACAACAACAUUUACCGCUGCACUACCUGUGGUACCAGUGUAACUUCCAAUACUUGAUUCCUAUAUAUUGAAAGGACGCCAUGAUGGUUGAAGCAUUAUUAUAUUUCAGUGUUAGUUAUACACUUACUUAGUAAGAUAUAAAUACCACUUUUUGUAAAAAAAUCCUAAAUACAGUCCCAAUAAUUAGAAAUAUAAAAUAUUAACCAUGUUAAUGUUAAUUAAAUAGUUAUAGCUUCAAUAAAGGAGAACAUAAAAAAGGAAAUUGGAGUGUAGUUUAAUAGAACUGAAGAAUAUAGUUAUAGCAGGAUACAGCAUAUUUACAUGCAAUGAAGCAGCGGAUUAUAUAAUUGUAAUGCAAAUGUUAAUUGAUACCCUACAAAUACUGGUGCAUAAAUAGAGUCAAAUUUUUCUGUUGCGAAAUGAAAGCAUUUCAACAAUGAAGUCAGUAAAGAAAAUUGUCACCUAUCACAAAAGAAAUUAUUUACCAUAUUUCGAACACUGCCACCUAGAACGGAUAAUUUCAAACCAACGUUUAUCGGGAACACUCAGUGUAACCGUAUGAUAUAAGACUAUAAAAAUACCUACAAAUAUUUACCUAGUCACUCCUACAUGGCUAGUAUUGUAAUUCUGCUCCUUUUGAUCAUCUAAUGACUUUAGAAGACGGUAAAUGACAGCAUCAUCUGCAAACAGGGAUUGUUGCUUCGUUUUGUCACUUGAUAAGUGUACAUAACCCUUUUCUUUAUACAGCAUUUUAUUGAAACCGUUAGGUUUUACGCAUUUCGUUUUUACCAGUUGACUCCAUCACACUUUUUUAUGUUUUCGAAA